AUGAUGCUGAUGAGAAUUACGAAGAUGGUUUUCACUGGAGCUGCUAUUCUAGUUUCAGCCUCGCUGAGUGCACUGUACCUGUACCAGAAUAGGUUGGUGUAUCCAUCGUGGGCGCAAGGUGCUCGAGACCAUGUCGAUACGCCUGAUCAGUAUGGGCUUCCGUAUGAGGAUGUUACUUUGAAGACCCCCGAUGGGGUGUUUAUCAAGGCGUUUGAUAUUAGAAACGAUAACUCUACUGCAACCAUGCUAAUACUCAGCCCUAACGCCGGUAAUAUCGGAUAUUUCUUACCCAUGGCAAGGUUCCUUUACCAUGAGCUUAAUGUCUCUAUUUUCAUUUACUCGUACCGUGGGUACGGUCUCUCUACAGGCUCGCCGUCUGAGGCUGGCUUGAAGAUUGAUGCUGAUACCGUUAUGCACCACUUGGCCAACAGCGACUUCCACAAGUCAAGAAAGUUGAUAUUGCAUGGCAGGUCUCUUGGAGGUGCCAAUGCCAUCUACAUCGCUAGGAAGUUCACAAGCUUAUGCGAUGCAGUAAUUUUGGAAAAUACAUUCCUAUCUAUUAGGAAAGUAAUUCCAUAUGUGUUUCCCCUGCUAAAGCAUGUAUCAUUUAUGUGCCAUGAGGUUUGGGAUUCAGAACAUGAAAUCGCUAAAAUUCAAGAUGAGCAGUUACCAUUUUUGUUCCUUUCUGGGCUCAAAGAUGAGAUUGUUCCUCCACUUCAUAUGAAGUUGUUGUACAAGUUGUGUCCUUCUAGCCUUAAGCAAUUUGUAGAAUUGCCUCAGGGCACCCACAACGAUACAAUAAUACAGGAUGGGUAUUGGGUUGUCGUUAAAGAAUUUUUACAAAAGCAUGAUUUAAUAUAA